AUGAGCGACCUCGACAAGGCCAUCGCGCAGCUGCGCGCCUGCCGGCCGAUACCCGAAGCGCAAGUCCGAGAGCUGUGCCACAAGGCGCGCGAGCUGCUUAUCGAAGAGGGCAACGUCGUCACCGUCACAGCUCCCGUAACGAUUUGCGGUGAUAUUCACGGCCAGUUUCAUGAUCUCAUGGAACUCUUCCGCGUCGGCGGCGACGUCCCCGACACCAACUACCUCUUCAUGGGCGACUUUGUAGACCGCGGGUUCUACUCGCUCGAGUCCUUCCUCCUCCUUCUCUGCCUCAAAGUCCGCUACCCUGACCGCAUGACUCUGAUCCGCGGCAACCACGAGUCGCGGCAAAUCACUACGGUUUAUGGUUUCUACGACGAAUGUCUGCGAAAAUACGGCUCGGCCAACGUCUGGCGCUAUUGCUGCGAUGUUUUCGACUACCUUGCUCUCGGCGCCAUCGUUCUCGGAGCAUCACACACUUUCAACCCCCCACCGGGACAAGAGCCCAUCGACGAAGAUGUGGAGAUCGAGGUCUGUGACCAGGCCGGCCUAACAAUGAGCCGCUUCCCCAGACAGAGACGGCCGCAACGGCAACCGACCCCUAGCAGUCCGAACGGCGCGCCCUCGGGCGACAAGACAGGCCCACCAGGCAGCAGCGCAUCGGGGAGCUCAUCAGGCUCCGUCGGCAACCCAGCCGGAGCCAUCCUCUGUGUUCACGGCGGUCUUUCGCCUCUGAUAGACAGCGUCGACAAAAUUCGGCUCUUGGACAGGAAGCAAGAGGUACCGCACGAAGGAGCGAUGUGCGACCUUCUAUGGUCCGACCCAGAUGACAUUGAUGGGUGGGGCCUCUCUCCGCGUGGUGCUGGUUUCUUAUUCGGCGCCGAUAUUGUUCGCGACUUCAACCACAAGAAUGACCUUUCCCUUAUCGCUCGCGCCCACCAACUUGUUAUGGAGGGUUUCAAGGAGAUGUUCGACGCCAGUAUCGUCACGGUUUGGUCGGCGCCCAACUACUGCUACCGUUGUGGCAACGUUGCGGCGAUCCUCGAACUGGCAGAGGACGAUUCUGGAACUGGCGUGUUCGCGCGCAGCAAUGGCGAUGUGGGACGCAGCGACGGCGGCAUCAGAGGCACCGAUGACUAUGUCCUUCUGCCUGGGCCGGCUCGGAGGUAUCGCGUGUUCCAGGCGGCGCCACAGGAUUCCAGGGGGAUGCCGGCGAAGAAGCCGGUGGCCGACUACUUCCUGUAG